CAGCCAGCCUCUAUAAAAAGCGAAAGAGCUCUGGCAGCAGCGAGGGGACAGCAUUGAGCUCUGCCGCUUGGCCAUAGCCGCCUGCCUGGGCACCUGCCUGGACCCUCGCCCACCCUUGGCCAUGGCUUCGAUAUCUCUCUGGUGGCUGCUCCGCUUGGCCACCCUCUGCCAUCUGACUGUCCUGCUGGCUGGACAGCACCACGGUGUGAGGAAAUGCAACAUCACGUGCAGCAAGAUGACGUCGGUAAGGAUACCUGUGACUUUGCUCCUCCGCUAUCAACACAACCAGGCAUCGUGUGGCAAACCUGCCAUCAUCUUGGAGACGAGAAAGAACAAGCUGUUCUGUGCCGACCCAAAGGAGAAAUGGGUCCAGGAAGCCAAGCAGCAUCUAGACCGCCAAGCUGCUGCUCGGACUCCAAACCACAGCACCUUCGAGAAGCUGAUCGGCGAGACGACGCCCUGGACCACCCCUGCCGCCAGGGUAAUGGACGAGUCUGUGGUCCCAGAGCCAGAAGCCACCGGCGAAAGCAGAAGCCUGGAGCCGACCCCUUCUUCCCAGGAGGAACAGAGUGCCCUGGGGACCUCCCCAGAGCUGCCGACGGGAGCGGCUGGUUCCUCAGGGACCAGGUUUCCCCCGACACCAAAGGCUCAGGAUGGAGGGCCUGCGGGCACGGAGCUUUUCCGCCUGACUCCUGUCUCUACUGCUGCCUCAUGGCAGAGUUCUGCUCCCCACCAACCUGGGCCCACCUCUGAUGCCCCGUCCACCCAGGCCCCCUCCACCCAGGCCCCCUCCUCGGAAGGGACGCCCAGCAGGGAGCCAGUGACUUCAGGCAGCUGGACCCCUAAGUCUGAGGAAACCAUCCAUUCCACCAUGGAUUCCCAGAGGCUGAGCGUCCUUAUCACUCCUACCCCUGACACCCAGGAAGCCACCAGGAGGCAGGCGGUGGGGCUGCUGGCCUUCCUUGGCCUCCUCUUCUGCCUGGGGGUGGCCAUGUUCGCCUACCAGAACCUCCAGGGCUGCCCUCGGAAGAUGGCGGGAGAGAUGGUGGAAGGCCUUCGCUACGUCCCCCGGAGCUGUGGCAGUAACUCAUAUGUCCUGGUGCCUGUGUGAACUCCCCCGGCCUGGGUCUAGUUGUUUGACUCAGACAGCUGCCUGGGGUCCCUCAUCCUCAUACCCACCCCCACCUAAGGGCCUGGCCUGAGCUGGGAUGAUUGGAGCAGGGAGGUGGGACCCUCCAGGUGCACAGGCUCCAAGCUCCCAGGCACACCCCAGGAGGCCAGCCUUGACCACUCUCCACCUGCCAGGGACAGACGGGGUGGCCUCCCAACUCACCCCAGCCCCCAAACUCUCCUCUGCUGCUGGCUGGUUAGAGGUUCCCUUUGACGCCAUCCCAGCCCCAAUGAACAAUUAUUUAUUAAAUGCCCAGCCCCGCUGACCCACGCAGCCCUGUGAGUACCGCAGGCCUCCCAGCUCACACAUGAGCCUCAGGCCAGGCCCCUCUGCCCACUCCCCCAGGCCUCAUCGUGUCUCCUGGUCCUGCUGCGGUUGCCAGUCACCCCGGCCACCUGCGGUGCUAUCUCCCCCAGCCCCGUCCCUCUGUACAGAGCCCACACCCCCACUGGUGACGUGUCUUUUCUUGCAUGAGGCUAGUGUGGUGUUUCCUGACACUGCUCCCAGUGAGGCUCUGCCUUCGGUAAGGCAUUGUGGGAAGGGGAGAUGAGGCCAUCUGGUGGCUUUGACAACUGGUGGCUUUCCUCCUUGGCCUACCCUGUGCUGAGUCUGAAGGCUGGGUUCUGAUCCUAGUUCCACUGUCAGCCCACAGAGUUACUCCCAUCUGUGAAAGGAAAGAGGGGGGCAAGGAAUACCCGUCCCCCUGACAUCGCUCAUUGACCUGAAGCCCUUCUCUCCAAUCCCGGAUGCAGCCUCCCAGUCCUUAUCAGCAGAGCACUUGAGUUCCUCCCGAUGGACUAAUUUGUCUUUGGACCCUGAGACCCGGAGGGCCUUUAAGGGAGUGAGUUGAUAGCACAGAUCCUGCUCUGUGGGUCCCCAGAUGGAGGUGGGCAGAGCAGAGACCAUCCCUGAAGGCCCCGCCCAGGUUCAGCCACUGAGACAGCCCGAGCUCUGCCUCCCCUCACCCCCUAAGAGGGAGAAGGGAGGGCUCCAGGCACGUGUCUAAGAAGCCCAGGAAAGGCUCCGGGAACAGCCACACUCCUGACGCUCCUUCAGGGACUCCCACAGGCAGCCAGGCCUUGAGACCCUUGUGGUCCCACCCCACACAUGUCAGAUUCCUUCCUGAAGCCUGGGUUCCCCUCCCACCUCUCUCACUCCUUGAAAACACUGUUCUCUGCCCUCCGAGACCUUCUCCUUCAUCUUUGUCCCCACCGCAGACAGGACCAGGGAUUUCCAUGAUGUUUCCACAAGUCCUCUGUUUCUGAAAGGGACUCUACCCGGGAAGGACGGUGGGACACGGGAAAGGGGAAGUUGUAGGCAUAAAGUCAGGGCUUCCCUUUUUGGGCUACUGAAGGCUCAAGCAUGCCUGGAUGGGGUCGCACCUGCCAGCCUGGCCCCUCAGGGUCCCUCGUGGCAGCUCACCUCUCCCUUGGAUUGUCCCCAAAUGUGACCCUUGCCCUCUACCUAAGGAGCCUCUUGUGGGCUGGAUUCUACCCAGGUGCCAGGAACACUCCUUCACAGAAGAUGGGUGGUUGGAGGAAGGAAACGCAGCUCUGGUCCACAGAGAGCAGGCAGCUGUGCGGCCCUGCCCACCGGCCUCUGCACUCCCUUGCUGGGCAUGGCGCAAUAUAUUCAGGAAGCUCAGGGAAUGGCUCAAGUGGGCUCACUCUGGCAGCUCAGAGAGGGUGACAGUGGAUCCGAUGCACUUUGUUCUAGCUCUUCCAGGCUGGGAGAGCCUUCCAGGGGUGGGGCACCUGCUGAUGGGGCCCCGCCUCCUUUGUGAGGAAGCUGCUGGGGACAGCUGGUCCCCCUUCCAUGGACAUUGUUAGUUUCUCCAAGCGGAACAUGGAUGAGGAUGAUGUAGGAAGACUUUGGAAAGGAUGGAUUGAUCCUUUGACUUUUCCAACCCUCAUCACCAAUGUCUGUGCCGUUUUGUAUUUUACUAAUAAAAUUUAAAAGUCUUGCGAA